AUGAGCGUCGCCAAACCAGAAGUUAAACUUUUCGGAAAAUGGUCCUUCAGCAACAUUGAAGUUAAGGAUCUUUCAUUGAAGGAUUACAUUGCUUCCACUCCAGAUCAUGCUCAAUACUUGCCACACAGUGCUGGUAGAUACAACGUCAAGAGAUUCAGAAAGCAACACUGCCCAGUUGUUGAGAGACUUGUCAACUCAAUGAUGAUGCACGGUAGAAACAAUGGUAAGAAAUUGUUGGCCGUCAGAGUUGUUAAGCACGCCUUUGAAUUGAUCCACAUCAUGACCAAGGAAAAUCCAAUCCAAGUCUUGGUUGAUGCUGUUCAAAACGGUGGUCCACGUGAAGACUCUACCAGAAUUGGUACUGCUGGUGUUGUCAGAAGACAAGCUGUCGACGUUUCUCCAUUGAGAAGAGUCAACGUUGCUAUCUACUUGAUCACUCAAGGAGCAAGAGAAGCUUCUUUCAGAACCAUCAAGUCUUUGGCUGAAUGUUUGGCUGACGAAAUCAUCAACUGUGCUAAGCUCUCACCAAACUCCUAUGCCGUCAAAAAGAAGGAUGAAGUCGAAAGAGUCUCCAAGGCUAACCGUUAA